AUGCAGAGAACUCAAUUUAUCAACAAAAACCUAUGCAUCAACAACAAAGACUACAAGAAUCAACAUACCAACAACAACUUUACAAACAUGGACCAAUCCUUAUUGAACAUCAAGAGUUCAACACUACGGAACCUGAAGAAGAUCAUAAUAGUAUUCCUGUUACAUCAGCUCCUGUAG